AUGGUCAAGGCAGUCGUUGCUGGAGCCUCUGGCGGCAUUGGCCAGCCUCUUUCGCUCCUCCUCAAGCUCUCCCCGCUCGUUGAUGAGCUCGCCCUCUACGAUGUCGUCAACACCCCGGGUGUUGCUACUGAUCUUUCCCACAUCUCCUCCACUGCUAAAGUCACCGGCUACCUGCCCAAGGAGGAGGGCGGCAAGGCCGCCUUCAAGGAUGCCGACAUCAUUGUCAUCCCUGCUGGCAUUCCCCGCAAGCCCGGCAUGACCCGUGACGAUCUCUUCAACAUCAACGCCGGCAUCGUCAAGGGCCUCAUUGAGAUUGCCGCCGAGGUCGCCCCCAAGGCCUACAUCCUGGUCAUCUCCAACCCUGUCAACUCGACCGUCCCCAUCGCCGCCGAGGUCCUCAAGGCCAAGGGCGUCUUCAACCCCCAGAGACUCUUCGGUGUCACCACCCUCGACAUUGUCCGUGCCGAGACCUUUGUUGCCGAGAUUGCUGGCAAGAAGACCGGCUCCGAGCUCACCGUCCCCGUCAUCGGAGGCCACUCCGGCGAGACCAUCGUCCCUCUCUUCAGCGCCGUCAAGCCCGGCGUUUCCAUCCCCGAUGACAAGUACGAUGCUCUGGUCAACCGCGUCCAGUUCGGUGGUGAUGAGGUCGUCAAGGCCAAGGACGGUGCUGGCUCCGCCACUCUGUCCAUGGCUUUCGCUGGCUUCCGCUUCGCCGAGAAGGUCCUCAAGGCUAUCAAGGGUGAGAAGGGCCUUGUAGAGCCCAGCUACAUCUACCUCCCCGGUGUCCCCGGCGGCAAGGAGAUUGCCGAGAAGACCGGUGUCGACUUCUUCUCCGUGCCCGUGGAGCUUGGCCCCAACGGUGCCGAGAAGGCCACCGACAUCCUGGCCAACAUCACCGACAAGGAGAAGACCCUGUUGGACGCUGCCAUCAAGGGCCUGAAGGGCAACAUCGAGAAGGGCAUCAACUUUGCCCACAACCCUCCCCAGAAGUAA